UCAUCGAUGAAGGUUCCACGAUAAUUAAUAAUAACAAUAAAAAGCUAGAGCUGUGUGGAACUUUGUAAUUUUGCCGUGUUGUGGAUGGUGCAAAACUUGAGCAAAACACGGAGCAUUUAAUCAGUGAAAAUGGUAGUUAAAAAUUCCAAUUCCGAGAAGUCAUCGAAGGCCAAACAGUCUCACAUCGCCUCAGUGUGGAACCGCGCUAUCAAACCCAACUCGGAGUGGGCUGAAAAGGAUGAUUUUCUAGAUGUAGUAUACUGGGCCCGACAGGUUCUAAGCAUCCUGAUCGGUAUAGUAAUGGGCAUCAUUCCGCUGAAAGGAUUCGUCGCUCUUGCUUUGUUUGCCUUGCUCAACUGUGGAGCAGUUUAUCUGUACAGCACCAGCUUCCAGAACAUCGACGAGGAUGCGUACGGUGGCAUGUGGGAAGUGGUGAAGGAAGGCUUCAUGACAUCCUUCGCGUGCUUUUUGGUCACGUGGAUCAUCUUCUACACCGGCAUUCAUUUCGAUAGCGUUGUAAUAGAAAAGAGUCUUUAGAGAAGAGGCCAUCGUUGUUACACACUCAACUAUAAAAGACUUGUAAAGCGGAAGUAAGGGUAUGCAAUCGUUUGUUUGAUUAAUUUAUUUUACACACUCAUCAACAACACCCGUUCAGUGCAGCUUUUACGCGUGCAACACGGAACAACCAAAUAAAGAAUGUAGAAUGAAUGAAUCGUAA